AUGGAAAACUUACCGGUGGAACUCAUGGUCGAUAUUCUCUCAAGACUUCCUGUAAAAACAAUCAUCCACUGCAAGUGUGUAUCCAAGAAGUGGCUGGAUCUCAUUUCUGACUCUUACUUUGCCAAUCUUCAUCUCCAUAAAUCACCUUCAAGCCUCAUGAUUCAUCAUAAUUCUGAAAAUGAAAUGACUGGUUGUUUAUGCCAAUCUGAUACUUUUGAUUCUCAAUUCACGAUUUGGGUGAUGAAGGAAUAUGGGGUCAACAAAUCUUGGCGUAGAGAGGUGAUUAUCAAGAAAAGUGUUAGUCGUGAUCUAGAUUGGUUGAUGUGGGAACCCGUUUACUUGAUUGAGGGUUUAAAUGAUGGAACUAUUUUGAUGGUGUAUUAUCAAGAUAAAUUGUUGGCGUAUUGUCUUAAGAGGAAAACAAUUGAAGAUGCGGAAAUUUUUGAUCGGUAUUUCACUGGAAUGGCUUAUUGUCCAAGCUUUCUUAAACUUCAGAACUUCAAAUCAGAGAGAUUUCAUGUGUUGUAA